AUGUCACAGUCUUGUUUCAAGAGCGACGCGCCCAAGUUUGUCGCUAUCGCCCCAACGUCAGCACAUCUAGAAAUGGAUUACAACACUCCAAAGAAAUAUAAUUAUAAAAACAAUCCAUACACCGGUGCCCAGGCUGCUUCUAUUGCAAGAAGGAACGCGCGCGAAAGGAAUCGUGUAAAACAAGUGAACGACGGUUUCAAUGCACUAAGGAAGAGAUUGCCUGCAGCCGUGAUCAAUGCACUAUCUGGUGGAUCCCGCAGAGGAUCUGGAAAGAAGCUGAGCAAAGUUGAUACGCUCCGGAUGGUGGUAGAAUACAUCAGAUACAUGGAGAACCUUAUUGACGAAAGUGAUGCAGCUCUAGGCAUAACAAAGCCAGUUGCAAUGGAAGUGCCAGUCUGUGACGUCGAUGAAGGAGUUUUUGAUCGCUGCUCACCAUAUUCAGACCCAGUGCCUUCGCCAGCCAACUCUGACUGCUCAUCUGGAGUGUCAUCCAACGUUAGCAAUGAUUACUACGGCAACUAUCAAACCAGUGAUUUAUAUCCGCCUUCCUUUAACGAUAAUGAACUACUAGAUGCGAUAACAUGGUGGCAAGCUAAGUAA